UCUCAAGGCUCCUCAGUUCAGGAAACUGAAAUCGUGUGUGUGUGUGUGAUCACGGGAGAGAGAGCGAGGGAGAGAGAGAGACAGACGUAGAGAGAGAAAAAGAGCGCAUAUACUGAGAUGCCGUAACUCUGCUUUAGUGACACAUCACACGUGGAAUAUUGAGUGAAACCUGCUAAAACUAUACCACCGUAUUCAAAGCCAAGAACCAGGUGAUUGGCCAGUGCUCUGUUUCUGGAAGGUGAUUGGCUGAAAUGGGGGCCUUGAACAGUGCUCUGAGACUCUUCAGGGAGUCCAUACAGCCGCAAGAGCGUCCUGGGGAUCCGGGGUCCCCCAUAAACCCCCCGCUGGCUCAGGAGUCUCUGGAGGACAGACUGGGUCCUCCACAAACAGAUAAAGAUAUUGUCCUUGCUCAGUAUGACUUCAGACCUAUGAAUGAUCAUGACCUUGCAUUUCAGAAAGGGGACAAACUCAAACUAAUUAGUGAUAAAGGUGAUUGGUGGCUGGCGAAGUCCUUGGUCAGUGGAGAAGAGGGGUACUUUCCUCAAAAUUAUGUGGCACGGCUGAACACCCUGGAGGAGGAACAAUGGUUCUUUGCGAAUCUGAGCCGCAAAGAGACAGAGGGCUUGCUUCUGGCUCCUGGAAAUAAACCUGGAGCUUUCCUCAUCAGGGAGAGCGAGACCAGCAAAGGAGCAUUCUCUCUAUCUGUCAGAGACAUGUUGCCAGACAGCAGGAGUCUGGUGAAGCAUUAUAAAAUCCGCUCUCUGGACAGCGGCGGAUACUACAUCUCUCCUAAGAUCUGCUUUUCCUCCCUGCAGGACCUGGUCAAACACUACACCCGAUCAGCGGAUGGACUCUGUAAGAAGCUGACCGUCCCCUGUAAGCACCCCCGGCCUCAGACCCCCUGGGCGCAGGACACCUGGGAGGUUCCCAGAGAAACGCUGCGGAUGGUGAAGAAGCUUGGGGCGGGGCAGUUUGGAGAGGUGUGGAUGGGCUAUUAUAAGAACAACCAGAAGGUGGCGAUAAAGACGCUGAAGGCGGGCAGCAUGGAGCCGGAGGCCUUCCUGCAGGAGGCUCACCUGAUGAAGCACCUGCAGCACAAGCACCUGGUGCGUCUGUACGCCAUCGUCACCCAGCAGCCCAUCUUCAUUGUCACCGAGUUCAUGGAAAAUGGGAGUUUGCUCGACUUUCUGAAGACAGCGGAGGGGAACAGCCUGACGCUUCCUAAACUGCUGGAUAUGUCAGCACAGAUCGCAGAGGGCAUGGCCUACAUCGAGCAGAAUAACUGCAUCCACAGAGACCUGCGGGCGGCCAACGUGCUGGUGUCAGAGACGCUGCAGUGCAAGGUUGCCGACUUCGGCCUCGCCCGGAUCACCGAGUCUGAGUACAUCGCACAGGCAGGUGCCAAGUUCCCCCUGAAAUGGACGGCCCCAGAGGCCAUUAACUAUGGCACCUUCACCAUCAAGUCUGACGUGUGGUCUUUUGGCGUCCUGCUGACCGAGAUCAUCGCGUACGGGAGAGUGCCUUACCCAGGCAUGACAAACCCUGAGGUGGUGCGGAACCUGGAUCGGGGGUACCGGAUGCCAUGCCCGGACAGCUGCCCCCCUGAGCUGUACUCUCUUAUUCUGUGGUGCUGGAGGAAUGAGGCGGAGGACCGGCCCACGUUCCAGCACCUGCAGCACACGCUGGAGGACUUCUACAUCGCCACGGAGGCGCAGUACGAGAGCCAGCCCUGAGCUCAUCGCCAUGGAGACCGAAUCCUGCACCCACACUGCCCCCCAUCGCCAUGGAGACCGAAUCCUGCACCCCCACUGCCCCUCAUCGCCAUGGAGACCGAAUGCCCCAGAUUGCCAUGGAGACGGCAUCCAUGUUAAUCAUACCUUACACAAUGUUUAUAUUAUAUAUUUAUUUAUGUGUUU